UCUCAUUUGCAUCCAUAGUUGAAAAAGCAAUUUUGCAGGCAGCGUCGAGGUUCUAAUCUAUUGCUAGUAUACGCAGUGUAUCAGCUGGCUUAACAUCAUCCUCUAACCUUCCUCUGAGAAUCGUUUACCAAUCUGUUCGCAGAAAAAAUGGCAGCUGUAGAUGAUGGACCUAUUUCGCCUGCGAUGAAAUGCUUCAUCCGGACACGAGGGUUGCUCUCUGCCGUUGCCUCGGCCUUCCUUUUUGCUGCCAAGAUGAUCUUCAUGACGAAUAUAGAAGGCAUCACGGUUUUGGAAAAUUUGACCUUUCAUAUGGGAUCGCUACUCCUCGUCACGACGAUUUGGAUCUUGUCUACCAAGACGCAACCUCACAUGAAGUUAACUUGGUUGUGGUUGGGAUUUUUAGCCAUGUAUCUUUCGGGAAUAGCAUUCUUAACCGCCGCGGUCAAUAUGAAUUACGGAGACGCCUCGGCAAUUUAUUUUAGCUCGCCAAUUCUUGUUGGGAUCUUUGCUUGCCUAUUCUUGAAGGAGCCCUGCGGACCCGUCUUGGUUAUGUGUACACUGCUCAUGACCGCGGGAAUGAUAAUGGUCAUUCGACCACAGACCAUCUUCGCCGACGCAGAGUCACAGUGCCUGAACUGUUCACAUAUAACUACUAAUUUUCAUAUUCACAAAUCAGAGUGCGCUAAUUCCUGUGGUGCCAAGGAAGUUGAAGAUGUUACUUCUGCCAACAACCAAACGGACACUUCUGCGAUUAACCAAUCGGAAUGCUUCAAGUAUUGUGAGGUCAAUCGUAACAACCACUCAUCGCUUUCGAAUGAAACUGUUUCUAACCAACCAGACUGCUGGAACUGGUGCACGCAAAAACGCAAUCAAUCACAAGAAGAAAGCAACGCACGAUUAAACAAAACUCGUGCUGGUCAGAAAUUUCGGAAAGUACCAGUAAAGUGGUCGAUUUCAAACCUCAUGCGUCCUCAUGCCUUAUCCCGCUCCUGGGCAUGCAUUCUUGCGGUCUCUGGGACGAUUUUCAGUUCGAUAUCCAUAGUAGUGGUUCGAGCAUACAGUAGUUUAGAUACGGCGGCAAUUUCCUUCAAUUUCUCGAUCAUAGGAUUAGUAUUGUCCAUUGUUCUUAACUCGGCUAUUGGUGGAUGGACUCUGCCGCAAGAUCUCGGGACAUGGGGGCUGGUCUUUGGCAUGUCCAUAUCGGCAGCUCUCGCCUACACACUUAACUUCAUCGCUCUUAACUAUGAAUCCGCCGCUGUCGUCAGCAUUUGCAAGACGUCGGAAAUCGCCUUCGCCUUCCUAAUGGAAUAUCUCAUCGAUGGAAAGGUGCCGAAAACCAUGAGUAUCGUUGGUGCGAUCAUUAUAAUAGCUGUCGCUGUCUUCAGGGGAAUAAGUAACCUUUUCAAUAUGGAGAUAUACUGCCCGUCACAAGGCAGAUGCUGGAAAGAUGAAGACAUGGAGAGGGCAACAUUGUUGAAAGAACGGUGCCCUCUUGCUGGUGAAAAUCAUUCGGAUACUAAGGACGGGGGAAGCAAGUAAUGCAUAUGUUUUUCACCAUGAAGUGUAGCCACUCGAAAUAGGCUCCGAUCCGCUCGGCCCGUCCCGAUCGUAGUGGGAGGGGGCGGGCCGGUCAACCUGAAGUGGGCCUCAUGGUAAAAAUGUCAUACACGUGUCGGGGAGUCCAGGCAUGCGCAUGUUUGUGCUCUCAAUUGUGUAGGCUAAUACCAUUGACCACACGGGGACUAGUCCCAGACUAUUUUAUUUUCGUUAUCCACGACAUUGUUUUGUCUUGGCGGCAUCUUUGCUUCGGAAUGAACUGAUGAUUUCUGUAUGUUGUACAUUCUACAUAUAUCCGACAUAAGAGUUGCCGAUUUAUUCACGAUCAAUUACACAAUUUCAUCGUUACUCACUUCUAUGCAAAUCGACGCCGGACUCUGUAAAUGCGUAUUUCCGUGUAUAUCGAUAUAAAUGAAUUGAUUAACGUUUUCAUAAAAACAUAUUUCACCUUCAUCAUUUUUAUUUCCAAUUGGACACGUGCAUAUGGCGUUUGCAACGCAGUCGUUAUCCAAGCCAUCAUAUCGACUUUGAAUGAGACUUUGUUGAUCCGAUACCUAAAGGAAAACGCCGUUCGUAAUUACUGGUGGUCCAGGAAAAUAUAAUUGUAGUCAUACUCAAUGCAGUAUUCCAGUUUGUACGCCCGGUCUCAAUUUUAUUACAGAGACCCGCCAGCCUGGUCCUGUUCGCAACCCCGGUUCGCAACUCGAUAUAUGGUGCUAUACAUUCGUGCAGUGAACGUGUAAUUAAACUGUUUUCCAUAAACGCGCUUUUCCUUACACUUCUAAUACGUCUAACCGAAUGUGUCACUGUCACCAAUGUACCAAGGAGCCACGCUCAAAUUUGUCCUCCGAUCUUUUUAGUAGCAUUCACAGAUGUAAUGACCCCUGCCUGACGUAGGCGCGUCGUCCACCAUAUAGCUCUUGAGCAACCACAACCUCAUACCAUAACCCUGCUCGCCCUUGACACCGUUGGGUUCACCUUUCGCCCAAAAAAUAGUCUUGUUGUCCACUUUAAUUCCAGUCCCGUCCCACCGGAAGUCGAAGGCAGCGCCAUGGCGGUUGAUGCCGCCUAUCCACCAGUUUUGCGGUAUAUCUGAAAUUUAACGAUGCAAACCGGUGUAGAAGUAGAAAAUGUCUCACUGGAAAAAGUGUCCGGCCUAUUGUAUUUUCAUCGAUUAUGGUAUAUGGUUCCUUUGAAGCCAUUAUUGUCAAUAGCGCAGAGGUUAAAGCGCAUGAUAGAAUUCUUUGUUUAACGGACAUUCUAUCCAUGGACAUUUCAAACACUUGAACCGGUUUGAUUCUAGGGCAACAGUUGUUGAUGUGAAAGUAACUCUAGUCCCCCGCUGGCCAUAGGCCUAUCCUCCA